AUGUUUCCUUCACAUCUGUCUGUUAAUGAUCUGGGGGUUUUUGCGGUGGUGAUGGUGUUUGGGCUGAUUGUCGUACUACUGUUCAUGUUUGACUUCGUAAGUACCGUAAGCUUGGUUAAAAAAUUUCGUGUUUUUAUUCGGGACGGUGUACAAUGCGUGCUUGUAAGAAUCAUCUUGUUUGGGGAAAACCGCGUUUUCAUACCCUCUAAUUAACACAUGAGAUUUGCAAAACUGGUUUUCGUUUUAGCCCUCGUCAUUUGAUCGCCUUACGUUAUUCAGGAAUAAGAAUAUUUGAAUGAUUCACAUGCAUUUUGAACGUGGGGUUCAUAUUACAUGUAAUGUAAUUAACAACUAUCAUCAUAAGUUUAAAAACGUCGCGUGGUCGACUCAGUUAAGUUUUCAACAGUUGUCUUUUAUAUUUGCACAUCCCCAAGAAUAGGACUGGAUGCUUUCAACAGACUCACAAUGAUCUCAAAUGCCAGCAGCCCUCUGAAGCCUUGGUGUAGUUUUGUCUUUUCCGCAAGAGAUCGGUAUUCAAACGUGUCGCCUUGAUAUUCCGAUUCCGAGGGAGUGGGGGGGGGCAUUAGGACUGGCUUAUUGGGUAGAACAUUUUUAAACUUCCGAAGGCAAGGGGAUUUAAAAUGUUAACGCUGUCUGUGGUAGGGAAUCUGGAAUCAUGCAAUAACAGAGUGAUAUUCUUCAUUAUUAAAAACUGGAUCGUUGGAUAAUGCAAUUCGAGAGUUUUCAUUGGCCUAGCCAUCAUGGUCUAUGAGCCAUUAUACCAUGCUCUAUGAAUAUGGUAAGCAAACGCGUGAUUUGGGGGCUUUUUUAUCCCGGGGGGGGGGGGGUACUCCCAAAAAAAAUGGGUAGGGGUGUGCGGCCCGCUUCCCAAAACCUUUACCCUAUUUAUGAGUAGCCUGCAGGCUAAUUCACGACCAAAAUCUGCGAUUUUCCCUGCCCUAAUUAUGAGCUAUUAAUGACCUAACCAAAAAUUUGAUACCCUAUUUAUGACUAGAUAACCUAUUAGUUACCAAAAUGGCGGCAAAAUGGCUAAAAUCGAUACCCUAUUUAUGAGCAAAACGGCUGAAAAACCCUACCCUUUGGGGCCGCACAUACCUAUAUAGCGCAUAUUAGGGAGUACCCCCCUCUCCCCCGGGGUUUUUAUUCCUUGUUUAGUCUAUUUUUCUAUAUUUUGGAGGCGUUUUUAAUAAAACAAUUAUUCCAUUUGUGCUUGUUGGAUAUGAGAUUGGUUAUAGCCAACGAGGCCCGUAGCUAUUUACCAACUCAUACCCGACGCAUGCUCAUGGAGUAAUUGUUAAAUUAGCAUAUUUUGUGUGGAAGUAUUUUUUUAUUAGAAUUAUAUAUACCGAUGUAGAAUUAUUUUAUUAGAAUUUUAAAUUAUAGGGAUUGUUAGAACUGUAGAAUUAACUUAUUAUUAUGGUACAUAUUUCUGUUUGUACACAGGUAAUCAUACAGUUUCAAGUUCUAUUUGGAAUUAAUUUGCAUGAGUGAGUUUUUCAAAGAUCUGAAAUUGCACGAUCUGCUUCAGCAAGUGCAAUUUCAGCAAACCAAAAUCCAGAAUUACAAUGUGUAAUUUGUAAUAGUUUUACACUCUUUGCACAGGUGUUGCAGUUAAUCUGCACUGCUCUCAUCUAAUCAGAAUCAAGUAAUUUUUUCAUGUAUAUUAUUAUUAGUGUAGACGCAACUCCACAAGCAAACCUAUUGCUUAAACUAAAUCAUUUGAAAAUAAAGGAUUGUCAUUGUUAUUAACCACGAGAGCAUGCAUUUGUGACUUAUUGGUAUUCAUAUUGCCAGCAGCUGAUUUAUUCAUUUAAAAUCAAAUCAUUUUUUCUUCAUUUUUUGUAGAGGGGUGCAUCAAAAGGACCAACAAUCCCAGGAGAACAGCCUUCAGAUCCAGAGUAAGUGAGGCUAUGUUACACAGCUUGGUGACUUUUCAGGGUUAGCAUUCGCGUUCUGAUUUCCACGGUGCAAAGAAAUGCUACCCUUCCUCGAGUUGAAACUUUAAUUUGCCUCUGUCUAAUAAUUUAUCGCUAAGAUGAUCUAUUGUGUUAGUUUUGACCAAAAAAUUGAGAACUUUGCUUGCCUAUAUUAGCCCCCUCCUUCUAAACUUAUAGAAGCCCGUACGAUACAGAAGACGUUAAAACAGCGCUGCUUUAGCGACUUAUUAGCGCUGCAACGAGCGCUGCAGAAAGGUUGCACGAACGCUGUUUUCCGUUCGCUGCAGCAGUGCAUUUUUGUGACUGCGUGAACGCUGCGGUAGCGACACUGAGAGCUGCAGGAGCGCUGCCGUAAAGAUGCAAAAAAAUAGCCACACGAGGCCAUACGGUCGAUAAACAGCUUUUGUGCAGCGCUGUGCAGCGUUAGUGAAGCGCUGCCAAGAACAGUUGUACAAAAAAAAGAAAUGCAGACUUCAACAAUACAAUAAUCAUGAGACAUGGUAAAGGAGUUGACAAGAGGCCUUAUAGUAGCGGAGUAAAAA